AUGAAGUCCACUGCUGUCUGCAAGUAUGACAAGAUAGCGCACGAAAUUUUCGCCGCUACGCUACGAGCUCCGUCCACGUCUCCCCGCGACCAGGAGCCCGAUUCGCGUCGUUUGCACUACGGUGACCUCGUAGCUCGAUUGGCAAACCGUAUCUCCGACGAGAAGACACUGAAGCUGAACCUGCUUCUUCUGCCUCAGUUUACCAGGGUGCCUGCGGUGGAGGAGGAGUUCCUUAAAGCUGCGAUCCCGUUCCUCACCUGCGCCGCACGCCCCUACAACAGCAAGCAUGCCCUGGAUAACGGAGCCGCGAUAUUGCAAAAAUGGGCGGACGCAGGGAUCGGCAAAGACAUUAUCACGUCAGGAGACCUUACGGAGCUGCUGAUAUCACCUCAAGCCUUCAAGAACACACUUCUGAAGCUGCUAAGCGGUAAAUCCGACGACAACCGUGUCGUCAACAUGCGCAAACAAGUGAUUGGCGUUUCGUGGUCUCCGUGUAUGGACGAAAACGACGCAUCUGCGGAGGCCGAGGAUGGCGACGCAGCGGAGUGCACCUUCCACCCCAAGCUUAACAAGUAUCCCGGGUACCUAAGGAAAGCCCCUAAAUUGGCGCAUGCUAAGGCAACUUUGGCACGCCAAUCGGAUCACACAUUGGAUCUUUCGCCUUGUGGAUUUUAUGUAGACCCACAUGAUCAGGGGUCUAAGCAAAUCGCUCGCAACCACGACGGGGAGGUUGACUACGGCUCACCCUAUAACAAAGUGUGCCCAUUUGGCACCACCAGGUUUAAUUGCGACAUGGCAUCCACAAUCAGAUUUCCUACGGAGCUUUUGGGCGCACCCGCUUCGAAGGUGGCCGACAGCCCUACGCGCAUCCUUUUGAAACCUUUCGGCAAACCUCACAAAAAUGCAGCAGAGAAACGAGUCACAAUACUGGAUGCUAAAUGCGCUCAGGAAUGUGAUGUGCUAAACAUAGAUGAGAAAAUUGAAGAAAUUAUGAAUAGUCUCCCAUCAAUAGCGCGGAUCUCGCCUCCACAUGCAAAUGACACGGAGGGGCGUUCCUCGUUGGGUUUCGUCGCUCCGCAACGCCAUCGUCUAUGUAGCUCCAACGUCGAUUCGUAUGAACGACCGAGCUACGGGCCCACGACAUGGCAAGACAAACUCCGAGGCGGGUACGUGAGCAGCGGAAUGCGGUUUUCGCAAAACAGCAACUAUCAGUCCCCGUCAUCGCCGUUCUCCACAAGGAACGCCGGCUCGCUAAAGCAGUGCGAUUAUAUCCUCCCACGCAGCUUCGGCAUUCCCAUCUUCAAGAACUCGCCAGCGGCGGGUUCUCAUCAUAAUGAAGUCUACGCACCUCAAAAGGCAAAAAUUGGGCAGCAUAGCAACCCGCUGGACGUCAUAGAAGCUCAGUUGGCGCAGCUGCCAGUAAAUCUCAGGCAGAUUUUGCGCUGA